GGAACAACAAUGAUCAUGUUCCAGCAUAUCACAUUCUGGGAAGAAAACAUAGCUCUAGCUAGUAAAACUCCUCCAUCUCUCGACCUACUCUUACAUAAAUGCAGUACUUUUCCACUUGUCUGCAUUCUCAUAUUGUUUACCAGGGGGCCAAGGAAUUUUAGUACAAACAGAAAAAUGAUGGCAGAAGCUUUUGAUAACCGAAACUCUGGGUUUAUUCUUACACUUGUUCUUUUCAUCUUAGCAGGUUUUGUUGAAGCACAAAGUGGCUACCUUCCACAGGAGGAAGUGAAUGCACUUGGUGAAAUAGCCGAUCAACUUGGGAAAAAGGACUGGAACUUGAGCGUUAACUCUUGCAAUCAAAACAACUCAAAUUUCUUUAAGUGGAAUGCAACAAAUUUACCUGAAGGGUCAAAGUAUAACAAUUCUGUUCUCUGCAAUUGCUCCAACCCAAUUGGAAUAUGUCACAUCCAAAGCAUGUUCCUCAAAGGGCAGGAUCUUGAUGGUAUACUUCCACCAUCCAUAGCAAAGUUGCCUCACAUAAAACAGAUUGAUUUUACUCGCAACUACCUUCAUGGCACAAUACCCCGUGAAUGGGCUACAACAAAGCUAGAAUCUCUGGCUGUCACAGUGAACCGUUUAUCAGGACCAAUUCCAGAAUACUUGGGAAAUAUUUCCACUCUCACAAAUGUGAGCCUUGACAACAACAUGUUCACCGGAAGUAUUCCACCAGAGCUCGGGAGACUAGUAAAUUUAAAGAGCCUCCAUCUUGAUGCUAACUAUCUUAAUGGACAUUUACCUCUGGAGCUUAAUAACCUAAUCAACUUGCAAGAUAUUAGACUAAGCAACAACAACUUCACCGGAAACUUACCUGAUUUUCAAAUGUGGAAAAAUCUCAAUAAGAUAGAUAUUCAAGCUGGUGGGUUCGAGGGACCUUUACCGUCUAGCUUUUCCCUCAUAAGCAAUUUAACAGAUUUAUUAAUCAGCAAUUUGAAUGGAGGGGCAUCAGAAUUUCCUCAGCUAGAAAGGAUGGUGCAAUUGAAGAAUUUAGUGCUCAGGAGCUGCAAUAUAUCCGGGGAAAUACCUAAAUAUCUAUCACAAUUGACAAAACUGCAGAGAAUAGAUCUAAGCUUUAACAAGUUGGAAGGAGAGCUGCAAACUGAUCUGAGUGGCCUAGAAUCCCUCCGGAUACUGUAUCUCACAAACAACUCUCUUACUGGAAAGAUCCCCGAGUGGAUUAAAAGCAAAGGUCCCAAAGGCCAAGUAGAUCUAUCGUACAACAAUUUUUCUUUUGAGCCACAAACUUGCAGGGAUUCAGUAAACUUGUUCAGAAGCUGCGAAAAUAACUUAGAACAUAACAAUUGCCUCGGAAGCCCUUCAUGUUCAAAGGAUCUGUACGCGGUGCAUAUUAAUUGUGGGGGAAACCAAGUUACAAUUGGCAAUAGAACUUUUGAAGCGGAUGAAGAUUUAUCAGGUCAAGCAAAAUAUUAUUAUCUGCAAGGACACUGGGGAUAUAGUAGUACAGGAUUCUUUUAUAAGAUUGAUGAAUCCUUAAGUCUCUAUACAGCGAAAAAUAAUUCUAUUCUUAGAAUGAAUGACUCUGAAUUGUACACAAGCGCCCGUCUGUCUCCAUUGUCACUCACUUACUAUGGCCGUUGUUUAGCAAAUGGAAACUACACAGUGACACUACACUUCGCUGAGAUAGUGUUCAGAGAUAAUAGUUCUUAUCAGAGUCUUGGAAGACGAGUGUUUGACAUUUAUGUCCAGGAUGAACUGAGGCUCAAGGAUUAUGAUAUUGAACAUGAAGCACAUGGAGUUGACAAGGCAGUAAAGCCUAAAAUUAAAGCUGUUGUAAUGGAUAAAACACUACAAGUUCGCUUUGUUUACAGUGGGAAAGGGACAACAGCAGUACCUGUUAGAGGAACCUAUGGCCCUCUGAUAUCAGCUAUUUCUAUGGAAUCAGAUAAUCCACCUCAAGAUUCAAGUGCUUCUCACAGGAAACAAAAGAUCAUCAUUUCGGUCUCAGUUGUGGUUUUGGGAUUAUUUCUUCUUUUCACUUCUCUUGGUAUUGCUUGGUGGCAGGGCUACAUAGGAAAUCGAAUAUUAAAGGAAGAAGUGCUGAGAGGAUUAGACCUGCAGACUGGAGUAUUUACCUUUCAACAAAUUAAAGCUGCCACGGAUAACUUUGCUGCUGCAAACAAAAUUGGAGAGGGUGGUUUUGGAUCUGUUUACAAGGGAGUACUAUUGGAUGGUACUAUAAUUGCUGUCAAACAACUUUCAUCGAAAUCAAAUCAAGGGUCUCGUGAAUUUGUCAAUGAAAUUGGAAUGAUAUCUGGUUUAGGACACCCAAAUCUAGUAAGAUUGCAUGGAUGUUGUACUGAGCACAAGCAAUUACUGCUGGUGUAUGAGUUCAUGGAAAAUAACAGUCUUGCCCGGGCUCUGUUUGGUCCAGGAAACUCACGACUGGAUCUAGACUGGCCUACUAGGCAAAAGAUUUGCAUUGGUAUAGCAAGAGGCCUGGUUUAUCUGCACGAGGAGUCAAUUCUUAAAAUUGUGCAUAGAGACAUCAAAGCUAACAACAUUCUUCUGGAUAAAGAUCUUAACCCGAAAAUCUCAGACUUUGGUUUGGCCAAGCUUGACGAGAAAGAGAAAACUCAUAUUACAACUAGAGUUGCUGGUACAAUUGGGUAUAUGGCCCCCGAAUAUGCGCUGUGGGGUUUCUUGACAGAUAAAGCAGAUGUAUACAGUUUUGGAAUUGUUGCACUUGAAAUUGUUGCUGGCAAGAAGAACACCAAGUAUCAUUCAGAUGAUAACUACAUCUGUCUUCUUGACUGGGCAUGUAACUUGAAAGAAAAUGGGAAUCUGAUGGAGCUAAUUGAUCCAAGGUUGGGUUCAGAAUACAACAUCGAAGAGGCUAUUAGAAUGAUCAAAGUGGCUCUACUAUGCACUAAUACAACUCCUGCACUUAGGCCAACUAUGUCUUGUGUAGUGAGCAUGCUUAGUGGUGAUAUCAGUAUUUAGAGAUAAAGAUAAAUCAAGAUAUGCAUGGGGGUGAUUUUUACAAGAUCCAAGGGAUCAGAGACAACUACAGUCAGGCUAGAGAAGGAAGCUCAAGUUGUUACUCUUAUUCAGCAACCUUGGUGACAUGUGAUGAUAAUAUUAAUAUAGAUUAUGGUUCUCCAUCCACAUCAUUUUAAUUGCAAGAGCAAUAAGUUACAUAUAUGCAUAUCCUUAUUCUAUAUGCAUGUUGUUUAUUCAAAUAGGCAAGUGUCAACCAUAUUUACAUAUAAAUUACUCAAAAAACAAAGAUUUGGGGGGGGGGGGGGGGGUCUCUGGCAUUUUCUUCAAUGUAACGGUGGAAGUUAACGAGGAGGAGGGGGAGCCGGCCAUCCUUUAGGAAGCGGGCAACCACAGUCAUAUUUACAAUAAUCCACCGGUAAGUCAUCUUGCUCCGCGCACCGCUGAUGGCACUCGGUGAAGCAGGGACCUUCUAUAGCCAUUAUAACAUCAAAUGAUGUUACCAACACAAGCAGGGACAAGGCUAAGCCUGCAACAACAAUUUUAUUAUCAGAAUAAGCCAUUAUAGAAUAUCAAGUAUAUAUGUUUUUAUUGCACCACUAGUUAAUCUAUAUAUACUUGUUCCACUUCAACCAAACCCGCUCAUUCUUCAGAUUUCAACGCCUCCAAUUUAGGCUGCUUGUGAGGAUACCAUACAAAAUUCCUAAACCAAAUGUCUAGUUUAUCAUUCUGCAUAUAUAUAGCUAAUAUUUGUGA